AUGGUGAAAACUGCAUCCUUAAAUUUAAUGAGUAAUUUAAUAAUGAAAGGUGAAUCCGCCUCUUCAGACAAGAAUGCUAAAGCCGUUAACGAUGAGGUACAUAAUCCAGCAUCUUUUUCCUCUAAUGCUGAUGCUGAAGAGGAUGACAAAAUCUUCGAAUUUGAUGAUCCAGCAGCUAAUUCAGCUACUUCUCAGCAUGAAAAAGAUGGAAGCAUAAUACCAUCUACUUUUGACAGGGCAGAAUCUACUGCUUCAAGUGACUCUGAUCCUCUUGAGCACAAGGUGAACACAAAGAAAAAGAGUGAAACAGAGCAGGUUGAGUCUGCAUCAAGCCCCAAUUCACCACUCUUUGGCUCUGAAAAGUCUGAAGGUUCCGAUGGGUCUGACGAAGAAGAAUAUAUAGUAGAAGCGGUAUUAGAUGCUAGACUGAAAAAGAAUGGAAUUGGAUAUCAAUAUUAUCUAAAAUGGGAAGGAUACGAUGAUCCGGAAGACAAUACUUGGAAUGAAGAAGAAGAUUGUGUCGGAUGUCAAGAGUUAGUGAACCAAUUUUGGAAGAAAAAAGGCGGGAAACCUCCUAUUAACAUGUUGAGAAACAAGCGGAAAGCAGGUUCUGUGAUUCGAUCAGGAUCAUCAUCAGGAAUAAAAAACGACGAUGAUUUACAACCCCCAUUCUCUACAUAUUCUCGUAAACGACGAAAAUCUGUCUCAAAGUUGAAGAAACACGAAGACAAUUCGGUUAUUGAGCCCUCGUUAUCUCCGCUACUGCACUCAAAAUCUCCUACUAUUGACUCAUAUCUUGCUCUGCGAAAAACCAAUGGUUUUAAGCCUCCUUUCCACAUAAAGAGUUGGGAGGACUUGGUGGACAAGGUGGAGACUGUACAAAAGUUAAAAAAUGGCAAAAUUCUUGUGAAACUUCAUUGGAAAGAUGGACAACAAUCUACUCAUGACAAUGUUAUUGUUCACCAUAAAUGCCCUCUUCACAUCAUCCGGUUUUACGAAGAUCAUUUGAAUUUCGAGGAAGAAUUAUAG